AUGGCUCAAAAAGCAGCCAAGACCCUGGCCACUCGCAAUGCGGCAGUUUUGGCCCGGACUCAUCUCAUCACUGCCGCACUACAUCUCCUCUUCUUGAUCCUUCACUUUACACUGGGGCGUCCCCGCUCGCUGAAGCCCUAUUUCUUCCUUGCUGUGCCGACCUUGGUCAUUGAAUUCUACCUGGACCGCGUCGGCCGCCCUACGUAUAAUGAAGAUGGCUCGCUGCGCUCAGCAGGCGAGGAUCUCAAUGCGACCGGGCUGACGGAAUAUAUGUGGGAUGUGCUCUACUGGACCGAGGGCUGUCUCGCAGCGGCCUGCAUCUUCAAUGACCGAGCUUGGUGGUUGUGGGUUGUGGUCCCGGUGUACUCUGUCUAUCUGGCCUAUACGACUGUCAUGGGUGUCAAGAAGGGCUUUGCGGGGAUGGGAGGUGGUGCAGAUGGAUCGGAUGCCCCGGCACAGAUGAGCAAGACGCAAAUGAAGAAAGAGAAAAAGGGGGAUCGCGUCAAGUACCGCCGCUGA